CCUUUUGUUUACACUCACACACCCAUGAGUUUCUCAAGAAUCUUUCCCAUGAAAUGAAGUCUAAGAAAAUGCAAAUGACUCAAAGUUUUCUUUCUUGUUUUCUCGAGAAACUGACACCCUUUUGACCCUUUUAUACCUUGCGCUGCAUCACGCUUUUCUUUCUCUUACUCUUUAUUGGUAGCGAACUGGAGGUAAACAGCUGCAAAUUAUUCCUAUUCUUUUUUCCUCUCUGUGUUUAUAUGUUAAACAACUUGAAUCUUGUUUCCGCAAUCUUCUGUAUAUGAUAUAUCAGUAGUUUCUCAAUACAAAUAUGCCUGCUCUUAAGUUCUUAGACAGAUUCAAGAGCACCCAAGUUCAUGCUUUAAACCAGCAAGACUCAGCCGCCGGUAGCACCGCCGGCGGUUCUACCCGAAGUAAGCUUAACAGCCAUAGAAUGAAGUUUAUUGGGUCAAAAUCCAAUAAGAGCAACUCAUUUUCAGUGGCUCAAGUUCUGAUGCUAUCUCAUGGACUCCCUGUAACUGACCUCCUUGAACCCCCCAUAGAGCCGCACCUUAAACCCAUCCAUUUCGUGGAAACCUUAGCUGACCUUUACAGAAGACUCGAAGCUUGUCCGCAAUCAGAGAUAUCAACGAUAUGCACCGAGCAGUACUCUAUCUUGCGUGACCUUGGUGACCCGAAGUUGCUGCGCAGGUGUCUUCGUGCUGCGAGACAACACGCCAUUGAUGUGCACUCGAAGGUGGUCUUAUCAGCUUGGUUGAGGUAUGAGAGGAGAGAAGAUGAGCUUGUGGGUGUGUCGUCAAUGGAUUGUAGUGGCUUUAUUCUUGAAUGUCCUAAGGCUGCUUUGGUAUCUGGGUACGAUCCAAAUUCGAUUUAUGAUCAUUGUAAUUGUUUUGAGGACCAUGCGGGGUCAAUUGAAGCUCAAAACUAUAAGGGAGAUGAGCAUUUGGGUCCAGAAGAAGGUGGCGAUGUGUCAUUCUCUGUCGGCAAUGAGGAAAUAAGUUGUAUGCGGUUUAAAAUUGCUGCUCUUUCGGGUCCAUUUAAGGCGAUGUUAUAUGGUAAUUUUGUGGAGUCAAGAAGCUCUAAGAUUGAUUUUUCACGGAAUGGUAUUUCUGUAGAAGGAAUGAGAGCUGUAGAAUUGUAUAGUAGGACCAGAAAAUUGGAUUUCUUUUCUCCUAUGAUUGUAUUGGAGCUCCUUUCUUUUGCAAACAAGUUCUGUUGUGAACAGAUGAAGUGUGUUUGUGAUGUUCAUUUGGCUUCACUGGUCAGUACAGUAGAACAUGCCUUGAUCUUUGUUGAAUAUGGAUUAGAGGAAAGGGCAAAUCUCCUUGUAGCUUCUUGCUUCCAGGUCUUGCUUCGAGAGCUUCCAAAAUCUCUUCAUAACCCGAAAAUAAUGAGAAUAUUCUGCAGCUCUGAGGCUAAGGAAAGAUUAGCCAUGGUGGGUCAAGCUUCAUUCCUUUUGUACUAUUUCCUGAGUCAGGUGGCUAUGGAAGAUGAUAUGGCGUCAGAUAUAACAGUAAUGCUGCUGGAGAGAAUGGAGGAAUGUGCAACAGAGAAAUGGCAAAAGGCUUUUUCUUUUCACCAACUGGGCUGUGUGAUGUUCGAGAGAAAGGAGUUCACAACAGCUCAGUACUAUUUUGCUUCAGCUGCAGAGGCAGGGCAUAUUUAUUCAUUAGCUGGUGUUGCAAGAACCAAGUAUAAGCAAGGCCAAGAGUAUUCAGCCUAUCAAUUGAUGAGCUUCCUCAUCACCAAGUACGAGCCAGUUGGCUGGAUGUACCAGGAGAGAUCUUUGUAUAAUCUAGGUAAAGAAAAGAUAGCAGAUUUGAACACUGCAACCGAGCUGGACCCAACACUGUCUUUUCCAUAUAAAUUCAGGGCUGCCAUGAACGCAGAGGAAAAGGAUAUUAGAGCAGCUAUUUUGGAGAUUGACAGGAUAAUUGGAUUUAAGUUAACACCCGACUGCCUUGAAUUACGAGUUUGGUUCUUCAUUGCUGUUGAGGAUUAUGAGUCUGCUCUGAGAGAUGUUAGAGCAUUGUUAACUUUACACCCCGGUUACAUGAUGUUCCAUGGAGAAAUGAAUGGAGAUCAUCUGGUUGAGCUUCUUGGCCAACAGGUUCAGCAGUGGAGUCAGGCAGAUUGCUGGAUGCAACUGUAUGAUAGAUGGUCUUCUGUAGAUGAUAUUGGCUCGCUUGCUGUCAUUCAUCAGAUGUUGGAGAAUGAUCCUGGAAAGAGCCUCCUAAGAUUUCGACAAUCUCUUCUUCUUCUCAGGUUAAAUUGUCAGAAGGUCGCCAUGCGCUGUUUGCGUGCAGCUCGGAAUGAUUCUAGUUCUGAGCAUGAAAGGUUGAUCUAUGAAGGGUGGAUUUUAUAUGACACUGGUCAUCAUGAAGAAGCUCUUGCUAGAGCUGAGAAGUCCAUUUUGAUUCAAAGAUCAUUUGAAGCCUUUUUCCUGAAAGCAUAUAUACUUGCAGAUAGAAAUCUUGAUCCUAAAUCCUCAUCUUGUGUCAUUCAACUUCUGGAGGAAGCUCUUAGAUGUCCUUCAGAUGGUCUUCGGAAAGGCCAAGCAUUGAAUAAUUUAGGGAGUAUUUAUGUUGAUUCUGGUGAAUUAGAUUUAGCAGCAAACUGCUACAUGAAUGCACUUGAAAUCAAGCACACAAGAGCUCACCAAGGGCUAGCGCGGGUCUCUUUUCUGAGAAAUCAGCGAAAAGCUGCAUUUGAUGAGAUGACUAAGCUGAUCGAGAAGGCACACAAUAGUGCAUCAGCAUAUGAGAAAAGAUCAGAAUAUUGUGAUCGUGAGAUGGCAAAGAAUGAUCUCAAUAUGGCAACAAAGUUGGAUCCGUUGAGAACAUACCCGUACAGAUACAGAGCAGCUGUUCUAAUGGAUGACCAGAAAGAAACUGCAGCAAUUGAGGAGCUUACAAAAGCCAUAUCUUUCAAGCCUGACCUGCAAAUGCUGCAUCUUCGAGCUGCAUUUUACGAAGCAGUUGGAGAUCUCACCUCUGCUCUACGAGACUGUGAGGCAGCUCUCUGCCUGGACCCAAAUUACACAGAUACACUUGACCUGUAUAAUAGAGCAAAGGGCCGAAGCACUUGUCAGCAGCUUGAGUGAGAAAUAACGAUGAUCUGCUACUGAUGGAGUUAACAUGUGGGGACUUUUGAAAACAGUUCCCAGGGGAAGAUCAAUAAUUUCCCAUUUGCAUAUAAACUUUACAAAUGGCAAACCUGGUCUUCUUGAGCAUCCAGCCGUUAAUUGAGCAUGACAUUGACAAGGCAAGAUUAGAUCGGGAGAAAAUGAGGAAAUUGAUAAUUGCAAGCUCCUAGCAAGAUCUCCAAAUUUGCUUCAACAGAAAUCUGGGUACCUAUGGCAGAGACGGGUUGCGUGAGAAAAUGAUGCAGGGUAUGCAAAGCAUGUCAGUAGAAAUAGUAGUUUUCUACCUUCUCGGUUCCUCUUGUACAUGAACAGGGUCAUGAUUCAGGGAGAUUUCUUAUGCAUUUUUUUAUUUCCAAUUGUUGGAAAAUAUGUAUUUGCCUAAAAUACAGAUAAACUAUUUUCUUUCUGCCAGCAAAAUCUCCCACUUCAGGGAAAUGAAUCAUGAGAUUUUAGUCCCCUUUC